AAACACAGAGUGGCGCUGUUGGACAACCCUCUCUACCUUGUCACUCACUCAGGAUCUACACACACCUGAACUCAUCAACCUGGCCUCAUGUGAAGCAAAAUGACCAAAACAAAUGUAACCUCAUGCAAAUUAAGCUAUAGCUUCGAGGAAAUUAAUGGCUCCAGUGUGUAGUGAAAGUGGGUUCACGAUAAAGCGGGAGAAAGUCUCCUUUGCCCGUUUGUUCAUUUUACACCUGCUUGGUCAACUUGCUUCCUUGACCUUCGACACUCUUUCUGCUUUCUUUGCUUCCUGUGCUACCUUAUCGUACUCAUCGCUCACUCACUGCUUGCACGGUACGCUUCACAGUUACCAUGUUUAUCUUCCACCGUGUCCUCCACCCCAGCUUCUGUUGCUGUCAUGCACAGGAAGUUGCUCUUCUGCUUUUGUGCUUCUGUGGUUUCUGACUGUGUUACAGAGUGUGUCACACUCCCCUCUCCUUCCUCUCACACGCAGCCCUCUGUACUCACUCACCACAGGAGUUCUUGGUCAACAAGUUGUAGAGUAAAGUGAGCGACACUUAGGUGGGUCUUUUCUGAGAGCCGGACCUUAGGCCUCAACAAGGCUCGUUAGCUUAUUCUCAAAGAGGAACAGGUUGAUGAGAGGACAGACAUGAGGACAAACUAUCUUCUUUCAUCACCCACUCUGUCCUCAGGACCAACGCGGAUUCAGUAAACCAGAGGCUUGAUGUUCGUCUACCCGGAGGCCCAAAAACUUGGUUUGAUUUAAGGCCUUGUCAUUCAGAGUGAACCCUUUUGGUCACUCUCUUUUGGAAUACACAGAUUUCUCAGGAGAAAGGGUUUGUGUAAAGCUUCCUCCUGGAUUACUUGUGGAGAUUAGUGAUGGGGAAUGCGGCCGCACCGGGCUUGGAGCAGGCACCGUCUGAGGGCCGAGAGGCCAGGAACUCAGUCGGAGGAGCUUCAGGAAUGAGUGACCCCACUCCAACCUUGCAGAAGAAGCAGCCGGCUCCCCCCAAACUGCCCAUGCCCGAAGAGAAGGAGCUGGAGGAGCGCUUCAAUGCGGUGCUGGGCAACAUGAACUUGCCUCCAGACAAACUGAAAUUGUUGAGUCAGUAUGACAAUGACAAGAAGUGGGAACUAGUCUGUGAUCACGAGCGUUUCCAGGAGAAGAGCCCCCCAUCCACAUACUUGACUAAGAUCAAGAGCUUCUACCAUGAUCAAGGAGGGGUGACUCGCAGGAAGAAAAGGAUUCAAGAUGCCACCCAGGUCCUUAAAGAUUUGGAGAUAUCCCUUCGCACAAAUCACAUUGGAUGGGCUCAAAAAUUUCUCAACGAGGAGAACAAAGGUUUGGAUAUUCUGGUGGAAUACCUAUCCCAUGCACAAAGCGACGCCUCGUUUGAUGUGGAGAGUGUUGAAAAUGGUGGCACCCUGUCAGAAAGAGGAAAACCAGCAGAGAGGUCGAUGGAAGACUUGGCCAAGAGCCCCAGCAGCUCCCAUUCACAUGGGAUGACCAGAGCUGCUCGAGCACUGACUGUAAGAAUAAGCUCCACUCUGGGGAACAAGAUGUAUAAGAGAUCCCCUUCAUCCUACCAGAGAGAUGAUGUACACGUGUGCAUAAUGUGCCUGCGAGCCAUCAUGAACUACCAGUCUGGUUUUAACCUGGUGAUGACUCACCCGCGCUGUGUGAACGAGAUCUCCCUCAGUCUCAACAGCAGGAAUCCCAGGACCAAAGCCCUGGUGUUGGAGCUGCUGGCCGCAGUGUGUCUUGUCAGAGGAGGACAUGACAUCAUUCUGUCGGCUUUUGACAACUUCAAAGAGGUGAGCAGAGAAAAGAACCGCUUUGAGAAGUUGAUGGAAUACUUCAUCAAUGAUGACAGCAACAUUGACUUCAUGGUGGCCUGCAUGCAGUUCAUAAACAUUGUGGUCCAUUCAGUGGAGAACAUGAACUUCCGUGUUCACCUACAGUUCGAGUUCACUCACCACGGGCUAGACAAGUAUCUCUGGCAACUGAAGCAAACAGAGAGCGAGAAGCUGCAGGUGCAGAUCCAAGCCUACCUGGACAAUGUGUUAGACGUCGGAGCCCUGCUGGAGGACGCUGAGAACAGAGGAGGGGUGCUGGAGCAUGUGGACGACCUGCAGGAACACAACGUACAGCUGAGCGCCCGGCUUCAGGAGAUCGAGAGUCAGACCACAGAGAAAAUGUCUGAACUUGAGACUCAGCUCAUGCAGGCCACCAAGGAGACUGAGCUGCUCAAAGAAAGCCUGCGAGAGUCCUGUUCCCAGGUCAGUGCCUUGCAGCAGAGAGAACGGGAGCGAGAGCUGGACAGGGAGAGGGAGAAGGAUAGGGAGCGUCUGAGCACCUCCGCCCCUCCGACAUCAUCUUCAGAACUGGAGCAGAAGAUCCAGGAGCUGCAGGACAAGGGGCUGGUCCGACUGGGACGCAGCGCCUCCGGAGGUCUGGACAUCCAGGUCGUGCCCGUCACGGUGGUCGAAUACGUCCAAGCCCCAGCCUCAGCCGCCCAGCCCGCUGCUCCGCUCACUGUCACUGAUUCUGCUUCUCCAACGUCCAGCGUACCUGCACCUCCACCACCUCCUCCACCUCCCCCUCCUCCUCCUGGUGGUCCAGGGGCGGCUGCGUCUCCUAUUCCGCCUCCUCCUCCACCUCCACCUCCUCUAGGAGGUUGUGGUGCGGUGCCCCCAGCUCCUCCUCCACCACCGCCUCCCGGAGGAGGUCCACCACCCCCUCCUCCCCUACCUGGUGCUGGACCCCCACCUCCACCUCCCCCGCCUGGUUCUGGACCUCCUCCUCCGCCUGGAGCACCAAGCGCUCAAUCUGGGCUAAAGAGCAAGAAGCCCAUUAAGACCAAGUUCAGGAUGCCAUUGUUAAACUGGCAGGCCUUAAAACCAAACCAGGUGGCAGGCACCGUCUUCAACGAACUGGAUGACGAGCAGGUCUUAGGGGAGCUGAACAUGGAUAUGUUUGAGGAACAGUUUAAGACUAGGGCUCAGGGUAAUCCAACAGAAGUGUCCACUAUCAAGAAGAAGGUGGCAGUCCAGAAAGCGCCCAGCAAGACGUCCUUGAUUGAUGCCAACAAGGCAAAGAAUCUGUCCAUCACUUUACGCAAGGGGGGACUGACGCCGUCUGGUAUCUGCACCGCCAUAGAGACAUACGACCAGCAAGCUAUGUCCGUAGACUUCCUGGAAAUACUCGUGCCCUUCAUACCAUCAGAUUAUGAGAUGAAGCUGCUUGUUAACUAUGAGAAGGAUGGACGCCCACUGGAGGAGCUGACCGACGAGGAUCAAUUUAUUUUACGCUUUGGGAAGAUUCCUCGUCUGACGCAGCGAAUAAACACUUUCACGUUCAUGGGCAACUUCCCUGAUACCGUCAAACGCCUGCAGCCGCAACUGAACUCCAUCAUUGCUGCGUCCAUGUCCAUAAAGUCUUCAACCAAACUGAAAAAGAUCUUAGAGAUUGUUCUCGCCUUUGGCAACUAUAUGAACAGCAGUAAGAGGGGCGCAGCGUACGGGUUUCGGCUGCAGAGUCUGGAUGUUCUGUUGGAGACCAAGUCAACGGACCGCUCGCAGACGCUACUUCACUUCAUCACUAGCAUCAUCCAGGAAAAAUACCCCGACUUGGUCAACUUCCACACUGAGCUACACUUUAUGGACAAGGCAGCGCUUGUAUCACUAGACGGCCUCCUCGCGGACAUCCGCUCAUUAGAACGGGGAAUGGAAACGACCAAAAAGGAAUUCCUGGUGCAGGACGACAGCCCGGUGUUGAAGGAGUUCAUCAAAACCAACAGCAAGCAGCUGGAAACUUUGAUCAAAGACGGCAAUACAGCAACGGAGGCUUACGGAUCUGCGGUGGAGUAUUUCGGAGAGAACCCCAAAACUACGCAGCCUUCCAUGUUUUUCCCGCUGUUUGCACGCUUGAUAAAAGCCUACAAGGUAGCACAGCAAGACAUUGAGCAGAAAAAGAAAAAGGAGAAUGAGGUCAUUGAGGAAAAGGUGCCAACAUCUCCGAACAAGGCUGGGGCACAAAAGGGGCCUAUGAUGCCUAAGAUGGACCUGAUAGCAGAGCUGAGGAAGAGGCAGGUGAAACCGCAGGUACGCGAGGGGAAGGACGGCGCCCUGGAGGACAUCAUCACAGAUUUGAGGAGCACACCAUUCAGGCGGACAGAUGGUCGACGGCCAGCCCAGCGCCAGGACUCUUGAGCCACUUCAGUUCCACGACUUUUUACAAAUGUAUACAGACAGAAAAACAGGCUUUAAAAUGUGCUGCAUAUA